UCGAGGAAGCGUCCAGUAGAGGAUCCACAGACACCCAGAAUGGACAAUGCCACCUACAGCUACCCGUCGGACUGCACGCCGCUCACCAGCUGCAAGUCCUCCCGUAAGCCUGCGGGCACCACCGUGAUCCACAUGGGCCACGCUGGCAAGCCACCCAACGACUACCUUAUCUGGUCUCUAUGCAACACCCUCUACGUCAACUUCUGCUGCCUUGGCUUUCUGGCCCUCAUCUACUCUAUCAAGGCCCGUGACCAGAAAACCCUUGGAGACUUGAGAUCUGCUCAGGAGUGUUCAGACAAGGCCAAGUGGUACAACAUCCUGGCGUCGGGCUGGAACCUGCUGGUGCCGCUGCUGAUACUGGUGCUGUUGGUGCUGUUGCUGGUGCACCUGGGCAGCACCGAGGGCUCCUUUGACUUUUUUGGGGAGGACGGCUACCAGAGCUUCAUGAAGCUCUUCAGCAGGUAGACCAGAUGCAGAAAGAGGCAAGGACACAGAGUCCAUGUGACGGAUAUUAGGUCCCCGGCCAACGAGUCACUUCUUUAAAAAGGGUCCCCUUGACAAGUAAUAUUCUGUUUCCUUUGUGCCUUUUCUUUGUUACUAAUUAUUGUUACUAUUAAUUAUAAUUAUUAUUAUUUGUACUGUAUUAUUUUCAAUAUUGCAGUUGCAGAAUUUUCCAGAAGGUUUAUUACACUUUUCCUCUUCUAUAAUGUGAUGGAUACAAAUAAAGUGUUAAAAUAUAA